AUGUCAACACCCAAAAUCGUCACAUCGUCGCCAAAGAUUAUAGUACACUGGCUCAAUCAAUCUAGAGCAAAUUACAUUAUCUGGUUUCUGGAAGAGCUAGGGCUAACCUAUGAAGUCAAGGUUUAUGAACGUGACAAAAACAUGCGAGCUCCUGAAGAGUUGAAAAAGAUUCACCCCCUGGGAAAGUCACCAGUGCUGGAGGUUGAUGGAGAAAUUCUGGCUGAGAGUGGUUACAUGAUGAGCUACCUGUUGAAAAAUUAUGAUAAGGAUUACAGAUUAACACCAAGCUCUAUUGCCCUUCAAAACAAAGUUGAUUAUUAUCUACAUUACUCAGAGGGAUCGUUUCAUCCCCCUGAAGUGAUGUUGGUCGUGCUGAAUGUCACCAGGAAAAAAUUGCCCUUUGGAAUUAAAUUCCUUGGAGGCAAGAUCCUGGACGCAAUAGCUGAUAACUACGCCCUUCCAGAGGUCGUAACCCAUCUGAACUACCUUGAAAACAACCUUGAAGGCCAAGAAUACUUUUGCGGAGAUAAAUUGAGUGCUGCUGAUAUCAUUCUAUCGUUUCCUUUGCGCAACUCUCUCAAGUUGCUACGAAACCCUGAAAGAGAGAGAAAGAAUUAUCCUAACGUUCUUGCCUGGUUAGAUCGUAUCUCUAAAAGAGAAGGAUACAAAAAGGCCCAAGAAAUGGAUAAGGAACACCCAGCUAAAUUUUAG